CAUAGUAUGCUUCUCUCCACUCUUUCGGAAACAACGCGUCAAAAUGCCGAGUUUACUACGUUCCUCGACCUUAAAUAUUCUGAUAGUUUUUACAGCAGUAAUUUAUUCCAGCGCUACUCCCGUCGCAGGCCCGUUUCGAGUGAUACCUGAUCACUUUGAAAAGUGUCCAGUAGAACUGCGCCCCAAGACUGAAACCAUCAAAUUGUUUUACCAUGGAGUACGUGACCGUAAGGAUCCUGACCUGUGGUUCUACAAUUUUAAUGGAACGACGCAUUUCACCUUAGACGAUAAUAUAAUGGCGAUAGGCAACAUCGCGUCGUGGAGCACUAGGGGUGGCUGGAAAGAUAAUGCAUAUGUCAUGAAACUUCCGAGAAUUUGUUCGACGUUUAAGCGAUGUGCCCCAGACCUCUGGGAACGAUUCAUGGUCGUGACAUUCAACGAUCCGAAAGCCUUCUGCCCAUUUCCCCCGGGCUUCUACUCCUUUAAUAACAUGUCGACCAACUUUAAUUUUAAAAUGCCUCCGUCAUUUUACUACGGGAAGUGGAGAGCUACGAUUCAAUUAGUGAACUCCUCAAAUGCGGUGCAUUUCUGCAUGCGCGCUUAUGGGAGUACAGCGCCGAAGCUAAAAAGAAAGCCCGAGUAAAUGGCUUAUUCUAUCAAGCUCCGCAAUGUUCACACUUCUUAAGGGAGAGCGGGGUACCAUGAACAUGGGGCACGAUGAGCAUUUUCAAUUUACGCGCCAAUGAUGUCACCGCCCGCCACCAACCUGUAAGACGUUGAUAGGGGGUGCGCCAGCUGAUGUUUUUAUCGAGAGCGCGAAGUCGCACGGCGCGUAAGACGAGAAAGGGAGAGGUUCAUAAAUUUACAGAGAGCAAUUUGUUUAAAUCGACCUUAAAAUUA